UAAUUCGUUCACUAAAAGACUAGAUAGGAAGUACCACUGCUUACAGAAUUUGGUUGUCUAGAAAAUGGUCAGAAAUUCAGAUGGAGAAUGAGGAGAGGCUUCUUCCGUUGUUGCCACCACUCAUGGAAUUUUCUCUUUCCUCAGGAAGUGGGUCAAAUAUGAUGGAAUCAGCAGAAAAAAUGAGCUUAAGAAAGGAAGAAAAAACUUGUGGGGUGCACUUUAUCUGUUAUAGACAACCAAUUUGAUGUGAAAUUGAGUUUUGUUUUGCAUGAGAAAUUAACAUCUUUCCAGUGUUCUCCAUUAUAAAACUGUGCAUUUUAAGCAGCUAGACACAGCCUUAACUGUUUACCUCUUCCCUAUGGAAGAUCUGAUUUGGAGUUUCAGUUGCAUUUUCAACUUUUGUGGAGGCUAAAAACUGAUCUUGUGCAAUUACUGCAAAAGGUAGAUUUAACAUGGAUGAUGGUGGCCAACGUGAAAAUGGAAGACACAAACCAGAUCACUAUAAAGCAGUUCACUCACAGUGGAUGAAUCCUCAACAUCAGAUGAAGGAACAUAAUGCCUUGACAGUGAAACAAAUUAUGGCCAUCAUGGCCGAGAGGGAUGCUGCAAUCCAUGAAAAGAAUUUAGCCAUUUCUGAAAAAAAAGCUGCUGUGGCUGAGCGAGAAAUGGCUAUCUUGCAGAAAGAUGCAGCCAUUGCUGAGCGGAACAGCGCCAUAAUGGAAAGGGAUAAUGCCUUGGCAGCUCUUCAAUAUAGGGAAAAUGCCAUGAAUGCAAGUGGUGCACCAACAUGUACACUAGGAUACAGUGGCCCACGUGGGACAAAACACAUGCACCAUCACCAUGAUAAUGAACUUCACUUGGCAGGAUCUCCUUAUGGAAGGGAGAUUCACACAACCGAGGCCAUACCUAUAUCAGCAGCAGCUGCUUUUGACGUUGUGAAGCCCCUGCAUGCUAAGCGAGCAAGGACGGAAACCAAGACUAUGCCAUUGAAGACGUCAUCAAAAUCAUCAAGCAAGGGUUGUAAGAAGGGUCAGGACUUGAAUAAGGUAACUAUUGCCAAGACACAUGAAUGGAGGAAUGGCUGUGAUACUGGUGGGGGUGAUGAUGAGGAUCAGAAUAGGCAGAUAGCAUUUUCAAAGCCCGAUUGGAAGGGUCAUGAUCUGGGAUUGAACCAGGUCACUUUCGAUGAGUCAACCAUGCCAGUGCCAGUUUGCUCAUGCACUGGAGUCCUUAAGCAGUGCUACAAAUGGGGGAAUGGGGGUUGGCAGUCUGCCUGCUGCACCACCAACUUGUCAAUGUAUCCACUUCCUGCAAUACCUAACAAGCGCCACGCUCGCAAAGGUGGACGUAAGAUGAGUGGCAGUGCCUUUGCUAAAUUGCUAACCCGCUUGGCUGCAGAGGGCCAUGACCUGUCAACAUCCCUGGAUCUCAAAGACCACUGGGCCAAGCAUGGGACGAAUCGCUUUAUUACCAUCAAGUAGCUGGUAAGGAUGGCGGGAGAUGUAGGCAAUCUUUU